AUGCCAACAACAACCACGACGGCAACAACAGCCCAGAGUGUUGAAUGCAACCUAUGGAACAUUGGAUGCAACUGUAAAUCUGGCAAGCUACACUCCAAGUCAUUACUGGAGAUGAGCAUGUGUAAAAUAUUUGCACAUGCUUUCCGUAAUCUAUCACUUUUCGUUUGUUUGUGCCUCGGCGUGUUGGCCAGUAACAUUGUUACGGCUUCUUAUCCUGCGUUGCAUGCGGCCCUGCAUCUGGCCCAGCAAAAGUCUAUAACAAAUCAACAGGAUGUGCGUAACUCUCUGGAACAACCAACGGACUCGUCGGAAAUUGGAAAUGAUUUUGGCGCUACCGUUAGCUCUUCGGAAGAUUAUGAUGCUCAUCCUCAGUAUAGUUUUGCUUACGAUGUCAGAGACUCGUUAACCGGCGAUGACAAGCAACAAGAGGAGAAACGUGACGGUGAUGUGGUACAAGGACAGUAUUCCCUCAUUGAACCCGAUGGCACUCGCAGAAUUGUCGAGUACACUGCUGACGACAUCAAUGGUUUCAAUGCGGUAGUAUCUAAGCAAAUGUCUGAUGAACGCGCUCGUGCUGCUUCCGCUGGUACCUCUUCUUCAUCACGCUACAACAGCAUCGAAGUUUUGCAAUCGCAAAUCCAAGCUCAAGCUAUUGCCGAGGCCCAAGCUCAGAGCGCUGCUUAUGCCGAAGCACAAGCAUUGGCUGAAGCUCAGGUCAGAGCAGAAGCCAUGGCGCAGGCCCAACAAAAUUCCCAAGCAGAAACUCAAGCCAGAAUUCAGUCUGAAAAUCAAGCUCGUGCUCAAGCUCAGCAACUGAUGGAACAAUUUGAACAGCAAUAUAAGCAACAGCAAUUGCAACUGCAAGCUCAACAACAACUUCAACGUAGCCAACAGCAACAACAACAACAACAACAAUUAUUGCGUACCCAGUACCAACAAUCUCAAGACCGUAUUUCCAAUGACCAAGCCUUACUUUUGUCCCAGUCCCUGCCCUCUCAAGCUUUGGGCCAUAGUGUACAUGCCACCGUCGUCAAUCACCCACCCAGCCUAUUGUCCCGUCAAACCACCGGUACUGUUUUCGCCCAGACUCAUGACAUUCCAGCACUAAAGGAGAUCCAAGAAAACACUGCUCGCCUCAAUAUUGAACGUACAUCUCAACCUCAGAUUGUCAUCACGCAACCCGCCAGUGCCACCGUGCAAGCACAAGUAAUUCACUCUCCCAUCGCCACCCUUUUGGAAAGCAGCAAUGGUCUUCGGUCGGGAAGCGGUUCCAUCAUAACGACAAGAAUUUCCACGAAUGGCCGCAAUACCGGAUCCGGCUCCACUUUGAGCAUCAACGGCAAUGGAAGACACGGAAGCAGUGAUCAACUGCUAAACGAUUUAGACAGCAGCGAAUUGCAGAACGCCCUCUCGCGUCAAUCCGCAACAUCCAGCUCGGCCAGCAUCCGUAUUUUGAACGGCAAUGGAAAUGGCAAUGGUAACGGCGGCAACGGCGAUGAUGGCAACGGCAGCCGCAACGGUGGUAGCAACGGCAAUGGACACUACACCUUUGAAUCAUUAUCGAACAACGACAGCCUGGAAUUGCGACUCAACGGCAAUGGAAAUGGUUUAAGAAAUACCUUGCGUCAGCAACAAAAUAAUCGCCGCCUGCAGGGCAUCUAUCAUUCAAAUGGCAACGGCAAUGGCAACGGUAACCGUAAUGGAAACGGUAACGGAAAUGGUAAUGGAAAUGGCAAAUCUCUUUGGUAAACAGGAAUAAA